CAUUAUGCGUGUCUAUAUGUGCACACAGGAAACCUCGACCUGUCUCUCAGCUGGUUGCACAACAGGUUCCUCAGCAAUUCGUGCCCCCUACACAAUCAAAGAAAGAGAAAAAAGACAAAGUAGAAAAGGAAAAAAGUGAAAAAGAAACAACAAGCAAAAAGAACAGUCAUAAGAAAACCAGGCCAAGAUUGAAAAAUGUGGAUCGAAGUAGCGCUCAGCAUUUGGAAGUUACUGUUGGAGAUCUGACAGUCAUAAUUACAGACUUUAAGGAGAAAACUAAGUCACCACCUGCUUCCAGUGCUGCUUCUGCAGAUCAACACAGUCAGAGUGGUUCUAGCUCUGACAACACAGAGAGGGGAAUGUCCAGGUCAUCUUCACCUAGAGGAGAAGCGUCGUCACUGAAUGGGGAAUCUCAUUAAAGUUUAUUUCCUCCAGUUUCUUUAGUCUCUUCUCUUCAAAACAUGCAAAUACAUAACUUCUGUCACCUGUUACCACAUUUUCAUGACAGGUUAUCCACGCACAAUUGGUAUGUUGACUGGAACAUAAUUUACGCAGUUUUAAAAAAAGAAAAGAAGUGCAGUGGUAGAAACAAUAAUUUGAAUGCAAUCUACAAAUGCUUACAAAGCAUUUUCAGACCAACUUUUUAAUCUUCAUGUGUAAAGGUGCCAUGAAAAUGUGGUUUGAAUGUUCAUUAUGCAGUGUUAUUGGUAAGUCCAUUUUCACUUUUAGUUUAGUGAAUUCUAACACAACUCUUGGAGUCUCUACUAUUGGCAUGUACUGAAUUUAAAUUUUUAUAACAUAGUUCAAGCUGCCUAAAUAUGUAUUAUUUGAGAAUUGUGAAACAUAGUUAUAUGUAUGCAAGUCAGAGAUCAACUUAACUAUUGCUGCAACAGAAUUUUCAUAAUAAUUAUCUUCUUAAAAACACCUGCUGGUACUUGGUGUGGUUAAAUAGGAAAAAUGUUAUUAAAUAAAACAUUUGUAUGAAUUUUUGCCAAUGUUUGACACAUUUUACUAGAUUACUGUUACUGAAUUAUGUUGAUGGUUUUACCAAUAUUUUUUCACACUUAAAACACUUAUUGUAAUGUUUACAAGCAAAAUAGAAAACACAUUCUAAGCAUUGAUUGGUUAACCUUACAAUUCAGGUAAAGUACUACAUUGUCACUGUACACUGGUAUUCCAUGUUGUGUAACAAAUAUUGAACCUCAGAUGACUAUGCAUUUGGCAAAAACUAACAUUUGAAAAUACGAAAGUUUGGAAAAGUUUUAAAAAUAACAGAAGUGCAGUUCUUAUUUCUGCUUAGUGCGGUUUUCUUGCCCCAGAUUUAUCUAGUGUCAUAUAGUCACUUAUAAUUUAAUUACAGGAAUAUCAGAUCUUGCCCACGAAUAAGAAAAUAACAAUACUAUUAAUUUUUUGUUCCUGAAUAAAUUUCUUUAGUUUUUAUUUGGUCUAUUAGAAUAUAUUAUGUCAUAAAUAAUAUGAAAAAACUCGGUACCCUACUUUAUGGCAUAAACUGUCAACAUUUACGCACUUGGCAAUAUACUGAUACAGAGCAGAACUAUUUAGAAUCCCAUCUGGUAUUGUGUAAAAUUACCAAUAAAAUAUUUUUGUGAAUACAGAUUUUGCAUUUUUGUUUACAACCAAUAAGUGUUUUGAUGCACACAUACAAUCCAUGUAUAGAUUUUAAAUUAUAGAUUCAGGGUCAGUACAAAAGUCCAUUUAGCUCCUUUUAGUGAGGUAGCCCACUUACACACCUGUGAUUCUUUUUGUUUUAAUUCUAUAUAAAUAUAUUUUUAAGCCCAUGUAAAAGUUGGAUGGACUUUCUUGGUAGUGAAUCCAGCCCCAAAUUAUUACCAAUAUAUGAUACGUCUUAACAGCUAAAACAAUGGAUUUUUGUAGCCCCUGACAAUUGUGAUGUUUGGUGGUUUCUUGUAGUAAUGUAUUUUUCUGUUUUUAAUGCAGUACUUUUACAGGCAUAAUGGUACUGUUCUAUUUUGUAAGAUGCUAGUUGUGAAAUACAGUUAGUUGCAUAAAAUGAAAGUCUGAUGUGAUAUCUGAGAACAUACAUACCUCAUUCCUUGGUGUUGCUGUUUAAACUUUUUAGGCAUCAAAUGUUAAUUAUAGGAUAUUUCAGGUGGAUAACUACUGACCUGUUUAUUAUGUAUUAUGCUUUACCUUACUAAAUAGGAUGUCUGUUCAUUGCCAUUACCUAGCCAAAUCUUAAUAUCUGUAAAACAA